AAAAAACAUCAUCUUUUUAUUUUUUAAUCCUUUUUAAAAGUUACAACGUCUCAAACUCCUCCAUCUACAUCCCAACCCACAUCUUCUGCAGAUGAGUCUUCUGAUGAGGUCACAAUGCCAAAUUCCAUUGAUAAAACUGAUCCGGAUUACUUAAUAUCUCCAGAUGUGGGUGAUGAUAACGCUAUAUUUGUCCGUAAUGGUUUUAAGCACUAUGGAUAAAAGAAGCGAAUUGAUGUCUUGGCUAACUUUAACAUGACUGUUCGGCGUGGUACCAUUUAUGGUUUGUUAGGCCCUUCUGGAGCUGGCAAAACAUCACUUUUAUCUUGUCUGGUCGGGCGUAAGCAGUUAAACGCCGGGGACAUUUUGGUGUUCGGAGGGCGGCCUGGUACAAAAAAUUGUCCGGUACCAGGAAGGAGUGUGGGAUACAUGCCACAGGAGCUGGCCCUUUAUGGAGAGUUUAAUAUGAAUGAUAUGAUGUUCUAUUUUGGGUGGAUUUAUUGUAUGACAAGAAGGGAGAUUGAGAAUCGGAGUAGGUUUUUAAUGGAGUUGUUGGAGUUGAAGAGCAAAUAUAGGAAAAUUAAGAAUUUGAGUGGUGGUCAACAACGAAGGGUUUCGUUAGCUGUGGCGUUAAUGCACAGUCCUGAGUUGCUUAUCCUUGAUGAGCCUAGUGGGGUUGAUCCUGUAUUGAGACAAACUAUAUGGAAGCAUCUUGUUGAUUUGGUUGCUGCUGGACGAACGACUGUUAUAAUUACCACGCAUUAUAUAGAGGAAGCACGGCAAGCACAUACUAUUGGCUUGAUGAGGAGAGGAAGACUUCUAGCAGAAGAUUCCCCGAAUCUUCUAAAAAUCUACAACUCAUCUUCUUUGGAAGCUGUCUUCUUACAGUUGGCUUACGACCAAGCGCCCAACACGGAGAGCGAUCUUGUUCCCAUUAAACAAAAACCUAUUAUGUCCUCCAAACACCACCCCGCAUUAUAUAUUUUGAAACCAAAAGAAGCUUUAAAAAGUGUACAAAAUGGCGACGCUUGGGGCAUUGUACACUUUCACGAAAAAUUCUCUUCAGCAACAAUGAUGAGACAACUCAUGCCUAAUGAAGACAACAUAAAACAAAGCACUAUUCUUAUCAAUCUAGACAUGUCAGAUCAACAAAUUAAUUAUAUGAUUCAACGGGAUUUGAUUCAGACGUACAUGGAAUUUGGAAAAGCGCUUUUAUUGGAUUGUAAGAAAGAUCCAAGAAUAAUGGAUUUACCGAUUGCUAUCAAGGAACCGAUUUACGGAACGGACAAACCUUCUUUUAAAGAUUUUGCAGCGCCAGGGAUUAUUUUAACAAUAAUUUUCUUUUUAUCCGUGGGACAAACCGCUAUAUCUUUGAUAAGUGAACAAAUUGAAGGCAUGCUAGACCGGACUCUCGUCGCAGGAGUUUCCCCAACGCAGAUCUUAGCUGGGCAUGUCCUAUGCCAAUUCAUAAUAAUGUGUCUGCAAGUCUUCCUCGUCUUGUUCUUCACCCUGCAAGUAUUUGACAUACGAUGUGAGGGUUCCAUAAUCUGGAUCGUGAUCCUCACCAUGUUGGUGGGGGUAUGUGGGAUGUGCUAUGGAUACGUUAUUUCUGCAGCUUGUGACGUGGAGCGUACUGCAAUUGAAAUUGCUUUGGGGAGUUUUUACCCGUGUAUAAUUCUGAGCGGGGUGAUAUGGCCCGUUGAAGGAAUGCAUUACAUUUUAAGGGUCAUAGCAUACUGCACUCCUUUGACUCUGGCAAUUGGUAGUAUCAGAGCUGAGAUGAGUAGGGGUUGGGGUAUCUCUAUGUAUGCGGUGUAUAUGGGUUAUGUUGUGCCUUUUGUGUGGAUUGUAAUAUUUUUGGUGAUUGUGGGACUUAUUUUGAGGUUUAAGAAACGAUGAAGAGAUGUAACUUGGUUGUAUGAGUCUUGGACAAAUUAUAAGUUUUGAUGGGGGUUUUAGGGUAUUUCCCAAGGGUUUAGAAGAUUGGUAGUAGAUGCAAAUUAUAGAAGGUCUCUUUACCUACGGAAUGACGAAGGGAAACAUCAAAUCCCUUGAUUGCUAUAGGAGAUACAGAGUGUUUUAUACUAAAAUAACAAAAAUCGAAGAUAAAUUCCCCCAUUUUUCAAAGGCAA